GCGCCGGCGCAGACGUGGUCCAUAGUCAGGCGUCGCCGAUCAGAAAAGAGAGCAGCGUGCUCUGGGUUCUGGGACGCUCCGAGGAUGGUUCUACGGCGGCUGCUGGCUGCCCUGUUGCACAGCCUGCAGCUGGUGGAGCGUCUCUCUGAGUCGCGGCCCAUCCGGCGUGCGGCGCAGCUCACCGCCUUCGCACUGCUGCAGGCCCAGCUACACGGGCAGGACGCGGCCCGGCGCCUGCGAGCCCUUGCGGCAGGGUCCGCGGGCUCCCUGGGCCGCCGCGCCGUCCGCUUCAGAGACACCUUCAUUCAGGAGCUACGCCGCAGCCUCCGGGAACGCCCGCGGCCACCACCAGGUAGCCAGAAGGGCCCAGGAGCAAACCCCUAAACCCAGGCCGGGCCGAGUCGAGGUCGCCUGCUUUCCCUUCUGGGCUCGACACCGGCCUCGGCGCUAAUUAGUCAUCCCGGACACUACGCACGGCUUGGAAUCCUGACUCAGAUGGUCCGCCUACAGAGGUCCCGCUCAUCAGAGAGCCCAGGCCAAACCGACACCCCUGGUGAAGGAAGCCUUGUGAUCGGACGGGACACAGCGUAUGUGGAAAGCCCCCGAAGCCUGACAGAAGUAAAGAUAGUCUGGGCCCUGAUACACCGCGCGGGCAGAGAGCCAUGCACCAAAGUACAACCGGAAAGAGGGUCUGCCCUCUGAAAUGGGACUAAAACUAGUGAUGGAUGCCGCUGCCUCUGCACUGAUAUAGCAGGACACUGCUUCCAGGGGAGAUCCUGCAUGAAAAGACAACCCUGCAGUUGCCAAAAUCCUCUGAUUAAAUAUAAAAGCCAUCUUUGGCUGCAAAGUAAAUAAGUGCUGUCGGGUGCCAGAGAUGAUGCUAAGCACUACAGGUACGAAGACCAACGUGAAGUUCGUAACAAACCAACCAAACAACAAUGAACUGUCAUGAACAGUGGUUAAGAAUCCACCUGCCAAUGCAGGGGAUAUGGGUUUGAUCCCUGGUCCGGGAAGAUCCAACAUGUCACGGAGCAACUAAGUCUGUGUUCCACAACUACUGAGCCCACGUGCUGCAACUACUAGAGCCCGUGCUCUGCAACAGAAGCCAUCGCAAUGAGAAGCCCAUGCACCGCGAUGAAGAGUAGCCCCGGCUCGCCGCAACUAGAGAAAGCCUGCGCACAGCAACGAAGACUCAACACAGCCAUAAAUUUAAAAAAAAAUAAAAAAAAAAAAUAAAGACUUUAUUUUUUUAAAGCAGUUUUAGGUUCACUGCAAAAUUGAGAAGGUAUAGAGGUUUCCCACAUACACUCAACCCCUAUACAUGCAUAGCCUCUCCCAUUAUCAAUCUCCCCUGCUAGAGUGGUACAGUUGUUACAACUGAUGAACCUACAUCUACACAUCAUUGUCACCCACAUUCUUCCGUUUCCAUUACUGUUUACUCUUGGUGGUGUACAUUCUACGGGUUUGGUCAAAUGUUUAAUGACAUGUAUCCACAAUUAUAGUAUUAUACAGAGUAUUUUCACUGCCCUAAAAAACUUCUGUGCUCUGCCUAUUCAUGCCCUCACCCCCAGCAUUUAAUUUUUAAUGGUCCAGUUUUGUAGAUA